UUUACUAUAUGAAUGAAUGAAUGUGUCUCAUCCCAUUCUCAUUUCUCAAAGUUUUUACCAUAGUGUCACAAAAUGUGUGAACCAAAUUCAGAGAAAAUUUGUGAAGGCAGUGCUGAGUCUCCAACUACACCAGUUGGAAGACAACCAACAGAAGCUGAACCCAAAAGUAGUGAAAGAAUCAAAGCCACAAGACACCCAAGAUGGACCAGACAAGAAACACUUGUUCUAAUAGAGGCAAAGAAAGUGGUUGAAAAUGGUGACCAGGUUUGUAGAUACAGAUCAUCAACAUCAGGGUUAGUUCAUACAGACCCGAAAUGGGAUUUGGUGUCAUCAUUGUGUCAACAACAUGGUGUCAAGAGAGGUGCUGUUCAGUGUAGGAAAAGAUGGGGGAAUCUUCUCACUGAUUACAGGAAGAUCAAGAAAUGGGAGUCAAAUAUAAAGGAUGAGAAUGAGUCUUUUUGGAUAAUGAGAAAUGAUGUGAGGAAAGAAAAUAAAUUGCCAGGUUUCUUUGAUUCUGUUGUGUAUAAUGUAUUGGAUGGAGGGGUAUGUACUGCUGCUGCAUUUCCACUGACACUGAUCAAAAUGGCACCAAGAGAAGAGAAUGGUGAUCAAGUUGAAAUGCCGGUGGCGGCGUUAGAGGAUGAAAAUGAGGAGGAUGAGGAUGAGGCUACUGUUGAUUGUGAGAAAAUGGGUUGGAGCACAGAGGAGGAAAACAUUGAGACAAAUACAAAUGGGAAUAUGGUCAGCAACAGUCCAUUCAAAACACCAAAUGUUAUGAAAACCAACAUUAGAGGGAGUUUCAAUAUAAUACCCCUAAUCACAGUGCCUAAUUCAGCAGAGAGACAGCAACAACCAUCUUGCCAAGGGACCUAUGGUCAAGGGUUUCAGAGAGAACCUUUAUUGAAUGAGGGGUACAAGAGAAAGCGAUUAUCACCAGACAAUUCCGAAGACACAGAUUUUAAUGACAAUGUCAUCAAAGUGCUAAGGAGGAAUAGUAACAUACUGAAAGCCCAUCUUGGAGCUCAGAACAUAAAUUCCCAAUUAGCCAGGGACCAGCAGAAGCAACAAACGGACAGCUUAGUUGCAGCCCUUGGCAAGCUUACAGAUGCUCUCACAAAAAUUGCAGAUAAGCUGUAA